AUGGCGUACGUCGACCACGCCUUCUCCAUUUCCGACGAGGACAUCAUGGUGGAAACAUCGUAUGUCGCCCAGAACCGGCCUCCGAUCAAGGAAAUCGGGCUCGCCGUCGCGAUGCUCUUCUUCGGGACCCUGGCCAUCGUCUUGGGGUUCGUCAUGGCCGCAAACAGGGUCGGCGGCGACAGAGCCCACGGUAUGAGUGCCGCCCUUGCCCUGGCUCGGUUUUCCGGCUCCUUCUACUGAUCCAUGCUUUGUUCUGACUUCGGAUUGCUUGGUCGACGUAGGACUUUUCUUCGCGGCCUUGGGAGCGGUGCUGUUUCUUCCAGGGUUCUAUUACACGCGGAUCGCGUACUAUGCUUACAAAGGUUACAAGGGAUUCUCCUUCGCCAACAUACCUCCAGUCUGA